UAGACGAUAGCGAGAGGCAUCUCUGGCUCCAUCAGAACUGUCCGGCUGUCAGAGAGCCGCAUUUGCUGCUAGCCUUUGGGGCGAUUGACGACGAGAUCCCUGCCCCACUUGCGGAAUGAUUCUUGUUCUGCAUCCAUUCUUUUGUGCGAAGGAUCUCGACCCUCUUCUCUACUUUUCUUCUCCUUGUGUGCGUUCCAAGGGUAAAUGGGACCUUCUCGCCCUUUCACUCCUUAGAGCUGGACCAGUUGCAGAGUCUCCUUCGGUCUGCGUCCGUUGCCUGUUUACUGAGUUGUCUCUCUCCCUGCCCCUCCCCGGCUCCCGUCUGGCCCUAUCCCGUGGUCUCUUGAUUUUAUGCAUUUUUAUUUUCGGUCUCCCAUAUAAUUGAAGACCCGCCACGGCCCUCUGCGUGCUUGUCCGCGCUUGUUAUUCCUCGCCGCUACCUUUCCCCAUACUUCAUUCACACUUACUACACAAA